AGAAGGUCACAGAUCUUGAAAAUGUUUUUGCAUGGCAAAAUUUUCAAAAUGUGUCGUAAUUGUCGAAAUUUCUACCACUUUUUCCAAACACCAGUGAACUUGCUCUUACUGAGCAAAAUAAUAAUGGUGCAGUCUAACAUGGUGGAAGAUUAGAAUUCAAUAAACUAAUGCCUUCAAAUAUUGUACUACACUAAACACUUUCAGGGAUUUGAUUUGUAAAAAAAAUUAAUUAAAAAUUCAACCACAAUGUGUUUGUAUGGAAUAGGCAAGUUUCGGUGAUUGUUUUGCAUUAAAGGAAGUGGGAUGAAGCUGAAGUUUCAUACCUUUUUUGGCAGAUCUUUCGGGAAAGAAAUAAUAACAUUUCGCUUCCAUCGACUAUUGAAACGCUUCACAGACCAGUAGUUACAGAAGAAAAACGUAUAAAUAUGUUUCUAUUCGUAGCCAAUCACUAACCCCUACGCUUCUUGCUAUUUUCGUUUUCUUUGACGUUGACGCUUGGACGGACAACAACAACAAAACAUACACGCUGUGACAACAAACACGUUCCACGCGACAGUUUGAUUCCGCUGCCCACGAUCAGCGGAGGAUUCGGCAGCUUAGGAAACGUCCGACGGAACCGAGAUGUGCGGGCCACCGGAAUCCGUAGCGCCGGCUCGACGACGUUGAUGGGCGGCCGGGGGGACGGAACCGGGGGUGUAGGCGGGGGAGCCAACAUCGGCCAUCAGAACAUCAGCUCAGCCGGGGUCCAGGGUGGUAUCGCCGCUAGGCCGGUCGCUCGGGUCGACAUUCAACCGGUCAUCAACCGAUCGGAUCUGAAGAGUUCGAUCUUCCACCCGAGCUUCCAUCGGCAGUUCGUGACGAAUAUAAGCACCGAAUCGGGCGCGCCAGUCGAACCGGUUCACGAGGAGAACAAUAGCGAUAGCUACGAGGAUUCGUUGAAGGAUUCGCUGACCUCGAACACGAGUCUAUGACGAGAGGCGAAGGGUUCCUCCUGCAGAAGGGGGAGCCAUCGGGGCUGUCGGAAGCCCAGCAAUCGAACCAUGAACAACAGCCAGCUGUACAGAAUAGCCGAUAGGAUAAACCAAAAAUUUUAAUAACGCUAAACAACACAAAACAAAACGCCACGUUUUUUUUAAAAUUUUAGCCUAUUUGUUGAAGUUUAAUUAUUCCAAAAAAUAAUGUUGUUAUGUAGUUAGGUAAGACAGUUCGGAUUGAGAGUGCUCGGUGAAUGUUCGUGUUCCGCUCGCGUGUUUUUGUAUGUACGUGCAAAAAGUGCCUUCGAAGUGCAAUCAAAGCAACCAGAAACAAAGAUAAGCAAACUGUAAAUAUGACAAUUUUAAUUAAAUCUAAUGUAAACAAACACUGA